GGGGGCAUGUGUUUGGCACAGCAGUUAAGUCGCCUCUUGGGAGGUCUGCAUUCCAUUUUCGGUCUGCUGGUUAGUCUCAGCUACUCUGCUUCCCAUCCAGGUUCCUGCUAAUGCAUCAUGGGAGGGGGUAAAUGAUGACUCAAGUCGUUGCCACCCAACAUGAGACCUGGGUGGGUUUCCAGGCUCCGGGCUCAAGCCCUGGCCAUUUCAGCCAUAUGAGGAGUAAAUCAGCAGGAAGGAGAUCUAUGUAAGUCCGUCUCUCUCUGCCUUCAAAAGGAGUAAACGAUUUUUAAAAAAAAUUAAAAGUGUUUAUUCAAUUACCCCUAAUCUCCUACUCCUCUAGCCAUACUCUUGGACACUGGAUUCCUUGCCUCAAAAUAGCCCAGAAGCGGUCUUUUGCUCUUCUUUCUGUAAAUUUUCCUAUGCCGUGAGAAGUAGCAACCCCAUACCACUACCCUGUCAUCAUCAAAGCUGCCGUUAACAGUCGAGUGCGGCUUCGUGGUCCUCCACGCUCAUCAGUAGACACUUGGUCACCACGAACCACUAGUUUGACGAACGGUGGUGACAGCCACGUGCUCUGCAUUCCUCUUCAGGGUUGAGCGGGCUCACCCAAGAUGCUUGGGAGGAGGGGCGCCAGCAUGCCUCGAGGCGCGCAAGGCAACCUGGGAGUGGUAGUUCUGGACUCCCGGUACGCGGUAGAGGCGGCUCCGGCUCAGCGGUUCCUGUGAGGUUACGCAGAGGCGGGAAAGAGGGCACACGGAAGGUAGGAGGAUCAACAUGCUCUGAUUUGGGGGAGUAGAAGCCAACUUAAAUCCUUCAUACCAGUUUCAUCCCUCCAGUGGCAUUCUUUAAAAGGUACACAGCCGAGACCUGGACCCCACAUGCACCCCCGGAGCGCCACAGCUUUCCACACCGAAUUCCUGGUGGACUUUUGACUCUUGGUUGCUGAGGACUCGAAAUGGCCAUGAUCAGAUGGGGACUUGGAAGACUGACUUUUCAUCUCUUAAAGAGGAGAAGCUCAUUGCUUUUGAAACUCACAGCCAUUAUCUUGGCUGUGCUUUUCUUUUGUGAGUUUUUGGUCUAUUACUUGGUGAUCUUUCGGUGUAAUUGGCCUGAGGUGAAAACUCGAGCCCGUGACCAGGCACGACAGACUCUUGAUCCUGUGCUGAGGGCCAUGUUUCUGGCCGACACUCACUUGCUUGGGGAGGUAACUGGCCACUGGUUUGACAAAUUACGAAGGGAAUGGCAAAUGGAGAGAGCCUUCCAGACAGCUCUGUGGUUGCUGCAGCCGGAAGUGGUCUUCAUUCUAGGGGACAUCUUUGAUGAAGGGAAGUGGAGCAUGCCCCAGGCCUGGGCGGAUGAUGUGGAGCGCUUUCAGAAAAUGUUCCGACACCCAAGUCAUGUGCAGCUGAAGGUAGUUGCUGGCAACCAUGACAUUGGCUUCCACUACAGGAUGACCAGAUACAAAGUAAAACGGUUUGAGAGAGCUUUCAACUGUGAAAUGCUGUUUUCUUGGAAAGGAGUUAAUUUUGUGAUGGUCAACAGUGUGGCGCUGGAAGGGGACGGCUGUACCAUCUGCUCCAAAGCUGAAGAGGAGCUCAUGGACAUCUCUCACAAACUGAACUGCUCCCGACAGCAGGGACAAGGAGCCAGCCACUGUGCAGCAGGGCAGCCGCUCCCCGCGUCCGCCCCCAUCCUCCUGCAGCAUUAUCCACUCUAUCGGAGAAGCGAUGCUAACUGUUCUGGGGAUGACGCGGCCCCUCCAGAGGAAAGGGACAUCCCGUUUAAGGAGAAGUACGACGUGCUUUCUCAGGAGGCUUCCCAAAAGCUGCUGUGGUGGCUCCGGCCACGCCUGGUCCUGAGCGGCCACACGCACAGCGCCUGCGAGGUGCUCCACCAGGGAGGCGUCCCGGAGAUCAGCGUCCCGUCUUUCAACUGGAGGAACAGAAACAACCCCAGCUUCAUCAUGGGCAGCAUAACAUCCUCCGAUUAUGCCCUCUCCAAGUGCUACCUCCCGUAUGAGGACACGGUUCUGUCCAUGUACUGUGGAGCAGCUGGCCUCCUCGUGGUCCUCCUCCUAGCCCACUUUGAGCUUUUAGCCCCACGUUUUCUUUUUGGUCGCCACCUGAUCAGAAUGCACACGGUGAGGUGAAAAGCAGGCAAUCUUUGCAUCUAGCCAUCAACAUCAAAGCCAAAUACACAGAACUUCCAGCAGAGCUCACGUUAAGAGUCCAGUGGACGGCGAGAAUCCAGUGUCGGCCUUCUUUAUGCACGUCUUAGAAAUCCUACAUCACUGAUGUGAGUGACUGCAGGAUAAAUGUACUAUUCUCAUGCUAGAAAAAUGGAACAUGUACUCUACAACAAAUCUGUUUCCUCAUUUCUAUAAAAUAAUCAAAGUUGCUUCUGUACAGUACGUAAAUGCUAUCUAUUGACACCACAGCUUGCAUGCACAACACAGUCCUUGCUUCCUCAGGAAGGCCCCUGGCAGCCCUGCCGCACACGGGGUUAUGUGUGCACGUGAGCAGUGGGCUUGCUUCUGUCCCCUGUGCAGUGAUUCUCCAGCGUCCGCCUCCCUACACAGGUGCACCUUGCAGCAACAUCCUGUCUUCACAGACUUCCCUGCUGAGCCAGAGGCAGACUUGCAGAGCCGCGUAACUCUCUCCAGGAGGCUGCGUUGUUACAUCUGAAUUCAGUGACUCAGGGAUCACAAGAAAGUUGCAACCUGGAUUUUUUAAACUCAACCAUUUAAGUAGGAGGUGUAGAGAAUUAAGUAAUAAUGUGAACAACAAUAUGUAACCUCAUUUUUUUAUGUGGAUACAUCUUCAUUUUCCUUGAAAGUAUAGGGGAAUGAAAAAUCAUGUUUAUGUCUCAGUUCGGUGAAGAGCUUUGUGAACAAGAAAACUGAUGAAGAGAACACGUGGUACUGACUGCUUGUAAAGCUGUCAUCCUUUCAUGGAGAAGCAGCAUUUAAGUCUGAAUUUAUAAAGGAUCACGAAAUGCUCAUUUACAGAGUGCACUUAAAAGUAUUAAACUGUUUAAGAGGCA